AUGGCGCGCGGAGAGCUGGACGAGGAGGCGCUGAACGAGCUGUACGGCUGGGUGGACGGCAUCCCGCUCUCCCGCCCCAAGCGGAACAUCGCCCGCGACUUCAGCGACGGAGUUUUGGUGGCUGAAGUGGUGAAAUUUUAUUUUCCAAAAAUGGUGGAAAUGCACAAUUAUGCUCCAGCUAGUUCUACUCAACAGAAGCUCUCCAACUGGGGACAUCUCAACAGGAAGGUGCUGAGCAAGCUGAACUUCUCCGUCCCAGAAGAUGUUGUCCGGAAGAUUGUGCAGUGCACCCCCGGGGUUGUGGAGCUGGUGCUGCUCCCUCUGCGGCAGAAAAUUGAGGAGAAGCAAAAACAGGCCAAGGUGUCGUCGAACUCCUACCAGGAGAUGGGGAUGCGCGCAACGCUGGAAGAGAGCAACUACCUGGAUACAGACUACACUGCAAAGACCAAGCCCAGCAACACAGGGAUCCAUGGCCUCGACUCCCCGGGCUCCGAAAGGAGGGUGAAAGCGGCCCACGGCUACCCUGUGCCGCUGCAGACGGACCCCAGCCUGCGCCUGCACCUGGCCGAACGGGACCAGGCCCUCCUCACCUGCCAGGAGACGGUCCAGAUUCUGCAGAUGAAAGUUCGGCGGCUGGAGCACCUCCUGCAGCUCAAGAACGUCCGUAUCGACGAGCUCACUCGGCGGCUGCAGCGGGCGGAGCAAAAGCAGAAGUGAACCCUCCAGCUCAGGUGUGGCUCUCCAAGCUUGCCAAGGAUUUUAAGGCGCCAGGCCUUCCUGUUCCCCCCAGGUGCCUACCUGUCCCUGCCUGUAAGCUCCACGGGAGGCUGAGAUGUCGAAAGAGAGGCUGGCA